CCUACAGUGAAGUCCCGUGUUACCCACCUAAAACCCAAGUGUGGGCCCCAUGUGGACAUGGUGGCUGGAAACGAACACUACACUUCCCAAGAGUCUCAGCGAUUCCUUGCUCUGUUUGUCACAGGAGUUCAAUCUUCAAUUUUUCAUUUCAUGAUACCCAUCACUAUCUAAAAACAGUUCGUCGUCGCUGCCAUGGCGGAACCUGCAGCUUGUCCGCCUUUUCAGUUGGGAAGACCUCGAUAUGAUCAGAGCUCAUUUCUGGGGAGGCUGAAGCAUUUCAUUGACAUCAUUGACCCCAGCACACUCUUUGUCUCAGAGGGUCGAUUAAAUGAAUGUGUGAAGCUCCUGGAUGACUAUAAGAAUGGUAGCCUUUCCCCUGGAGUAACUGACUCACAGCUCUGGGAAGCACAAAAAGCCAAACAGGCUAUCAUUCAUCCUGAUACAGGGGAAAAGAUCUUUAUGCCUUUUCGCAUGUCAGGCUAUGUCCCAUUUGGAACACCAAUAGUUGUGGGCCUUCUGCUUCCUAAUCAAACACUGGCUACAACUGUUUUUUGGCAGUGGUUGAAUCAGAGUCAUAACGCCUGUGUGAACUAUGCAAACCGCAAUGCCACAAAGCCCACACCAACUUCCAAGUUUCUGCAAGGCUACGCUGGAGCUGUCGGUAGUGCUGUCUCAAUUGCAGUGGGGCUUAACAUACUGAUCCAGAAAUCCAGCAAAUUCAGUCCAGCAACUCGUGUCAUUAUUCAGAGAUUCGUCCCCUUCCCUGCUGUGGCCAGCGCCAACAUCUGUAACGUGGGCCUAAUGAGGCACAACGAGCUCCACGAGGGGAUCGAUGUGCUGGACGACAACGGGAACGUCGUGGGCUCGUCCCGGAUUGCUGCCAAACACGCACUGAUGGAGACAGCCUUUACAAGAGUGGUUCUACCGUUUCCCAUCUUUGUCCUUCCGCCAAUGAUAAUGGCCUACCUCGAAAAACUGCCACUGCUCCAGGCUCACCGCAGGCUGAUGCUGCCCAUCCACAGCUUUGUGUGUCUGGCUGUGUUCGGCCUGUCCUUGCCUUUGGCCAUCAGCCUGUUCCCACAGAUGUCUCAGAUUGAGGUGUCUCACCUUGAGCCAGAGAUUGCCAUGGCGACGGAUUGCAAGGUAGUGACCUACAACAAGGGACUGUGAGGAGAGGCGCAGGCGGCGAGUGGAGUGCACGGGAAGGGAGCCAGUUCCUGAUGUGCAGCCAAUCACAAAUGUGAAUGAAACCAUUGGCAAAGUGUAUGCCUGCCAAUUCUGGACAUGCUCACAAAGAGGACUUGUAUGUAGCCAUAAAGCAAUACUAAUGGUAAACCUGUUGUCUAUGAGUUAUAAUCCAGGGUCUUAAUUGCACUGACAUAAUUGUCUAACAAUAAACCUCUAACAAACUAAAAGGGAACAAGCAUAUCUCUAAUCUUGCUUCUAUUUUGAUAUUGAUUAAGUACUGUAACUCUAACAGAGAUUCAUGCAUUUUGAGAAUGGACAUUGUUAAAAGAUUUUUCUUCCUACCUGUUUUGGGACUAAUUUCUAUUCAUUUAUACAAUGAUUUGGGAAAAUCAAUGAUAAUAUGUAAAAAUUGCAUGGUCUAAACAUCAUUGUACAGACGAUGUACUUUUAUCUGUAAAGUACUUUUACUUUAUCUAUAUACUUAUUAAAUGUAGCUUAAAUUAUGACAUUAUUUAUUGUGUUUUGAUGACCAAUUCAUUUAAGUGCAGCUAAUUGCUUGCAAGUGAAAUGCUUUGAAUUCUAUAUGCAUCAGUUAAGAACGCUUUAGAAAUAAUUAUUGCAUAAUUGUCAUUAACAUUUUUAACAAAAAUAUGUAAUCUAUUAAUAUUUAAAUACAGUAUGUUGUAUUGAUGGUUAAUGAUAUUGCUAAUUUUUUAAGCACUGGGUGAUAUUUGCAAUGCAAAUACAAUACUCCUACAAAUAAUACUGU